ACCCCACUGUCCGUCAGAGGAAUCUUAAAGAAAUGAGCAACAUCUUUUGAAAUCGAAUCUUAGCCAGCCUGAACAAAAGUUGCAAGAAAACCCAUAAAUCAUUAUCUUUUAUAAAUUUCAUUAGGGCCUUGUUUGGAUGUAGAAGUUGGGAUACUUGGCAUUGCAUUGGCUCCAGCCAGAGAAUGAAUUAGCUGAAUGUAAGCCAAACCACCCACAACAUCUUGGUAUGCCCAGUCGACACCUUUGAUAUUGGUAACAGCUAGCACGAGUGCGGCAAGAACUUUAGGUUCCAGACUUGCAGUAGCAGCAGUUGAGAGUCAAAUCGAAGGGAAGGGGGAAGGAAGGGGCCGCGGGGCUCCAGACGGUGGCGACGCCGCUGCAGAGAGAUGGGAGGGCGCCGCCGCGGGCUACCUCGUGCGGGGUGCUCAGGGGGGAAAAGGAAAACAUCGCUUCUGUUGCGCGGGGUCUCGGUCGAACUGUUCCGAAUGCCUGGCGAUGUCGACAUUGGGCCAUUCGCACACUGAUCCCUCGACAUGGAGCCUGAAUCAAACGGCCCGGCUGGAGUCCGAAUCGAAAUGAGCUUCCCGUCCGGCCCUUUUUGUUUAAUCAAGCAAUCAAGCAGCCUUGGGAUUGACUUGAUUCCUGCCUAGAUCGAUCACCAAUCUCCAGAUGCUUUCAGAUCUAUCUGGUUUCUUCUCCAGUUGAUUGAUUGGCCAUGGGGGAGACGCCUAAACUUGGUGAGCGUGACGAUGUUGGCGGAUUGGAGAUCGGGGGAGAUCCCGUCCCCAGAAGAUGUUCCAUGAGCAUCAAGGAAUUCAGGGCCAUCUGGGUCGCUGCCGCCAAGCGGAUGGAGCCCAGCGUCGAGUACCUUAACCCUGAGGAGCGAGCCCAGCGCCAACGCGAUCGAGAACGCGAUAUGUUGCUCAUCGCGCUCAAAUCCUACGCCAACCGAAUCAAUAUGCAGCCCAGUGAGCUUGAGUUUGUGCAAGUCACGGAUAUGAAUGUCAUCCAGGAGUUCCUCAAACAUUACAUGCACUUCAACUUUCUCGUGAGGGUCUCCGGCGCCACGGCGCCGACCCUUUUCUUCGCCGAGCUCAAGCCUCGUUGCGCGUCAGAGGAGGAUGUCUAUCUCUGCACGCCUGUGCCUGUGCCUGUGGAACAAGAAGAAGAGGGUCAUGCCUUUGGUGCAUGUCUUGGUUGCCGUCAUCGAGCAAAGGAACUCGUGCAUCCCAGGAGUGGUGGAUACUUGGGUGGGCAUGAGCUUGUGUAUUGUUACACAGAUGCAAUGCUGGAUAGUGAUGACGAUGACUACAUGUGACUGGAUUUAUUAUAUCAUGUAUCCACAAUGCUCAACACUACUGCAGGGAGUUUUUUUUGGGUAAGAUUCAGUUGGAAUUAUGCUUGUGACCAAUUUUCUGUAUUUCGACAGUUCGGUGUAGUAACUUAUCGUAAUGAACCAAUGAGUUUGGUGGAUGAUUUUUGUUUUAACCCCAAUCCUGGUUAUGGUUGCAACUUACAGUGUAAUCAAAUGCUUGUACAUGAGGCUAAUCAAUUGCUCCGAUGCCUCAUUCUGGAGGCUGACUACUCAUUGG